AUGAGAUUGUUGUUAUAAGUGUUCGAGCGAAUUAUCCGAAUCAUCUACUCAGUCCUGUCAGCUUCCAGGAAGGUUAAUCAACCGCGGUGGGUUGCAAACCGGAUGAAGUGAGCUCCUGUUCUUAAGCUAAAAUGACUUUCAACCGGUUAUUAUAUAGAGCUGCUCUCGUCAGCAAAGUUGGAUCCAGGUCUGUAUUCACAAGCUCCAAGCCUGACACUGCCAACCCCAACUGGGUGAGGGUGGGCCUUGCCUUUGGAACAUCUGCUUUCCUUUGGGGCCUGCUAUUCAAGCAGCACAGCACAGAUGUACAUGAGUACAAAGUGAGGAAUGGCCUGGAAUAACUCUUCACACUGGAGGUUCGUCAGGUCCUGUCUACAGGAUGCACUUGUUGGUCCGCUUCUUUUGAUUUCCUCUGUUCCCGAUUCCUCACUCUGAAUUCUGUGUAAAAUAAAAAUGUAUCAUGUGAAAUAAA